AUGGCUCCCGGUCUUGUUAAUGGUACCACCACCACCACUCUGGCCAAGGCUGCGAGCAUAUCGAGCCGAGCCUACGUGACGUUCUUGGCCGGUAACGGUGACUACGUGAAGGGUGUGGUUGGUCUGGCCAAGGGACUCAGGAAGGUCAACACUACCUACCCAUUAGUGGUGGCGGUUUUGCCUGACGUCCCGGAGGAGCACCGCCGCAUACUGGUGUCUCAGGGCUGUAUUGUUCGGGAGAUUGAGCCGGUGUACCCGCCAGAGAAUAGCACCAAAUUCGCCAUGGACUAUUACGUCAUCAACUACUCCAAGCUUCGCAUUUGGGAGUUUGUGGAGUACAGUAAGAUGAUAUACUUGGAUGGAGACAUACAAGUGUUUAAAAACAUUGACCACCUGUUUGACCUUCCAAAUGACUAUUUCUAUGCUGUGAUGGACUGCUUCUGUGAGGAAACAUGGAGUCACUCCAAACAGUACGAGGUUGAGUACUGCCAACAGUGCCCUAACAAGGUCCAAUGGGCUUCAGAGUGGGGCCCAAAGCCUCCUCUCUACUUCAACGCUGGCUUUUUUGUGUAUGAGCCCAGCCUCUCCACUUCUGAUGACCUCUUGAAGGCCCUCAAAGUUGCACCUCCUACCUCUUUUGCUGAGCAGGACCUUUUGAACAUGUUCUUUAGGGAUAAAUUUAGGCCUAUCUCCUCAGAGUACAACCUUGUUUUGGCCAUGCUAUGGCGUCACCCAGAGAACAUUGACCUCAACAAUGUGAAAGUUGUUCACUACUGUGCUGCAGGCUCAAAGCCAUGGAGGUACACUGGGAAAGAAGAGAACAUGGAAAGGGAAGACAUUAAAAUGUUAGUGAAGAUGUGGCAGGAUAUAUAUGAUGAUGAAACUUUGGACUACAAGACUGAAGCUGGUGAUGCCGGUGAAUUGACGGCUGAGCUGUCGAAGGCCGGUGUUUUCCACCGGAUUACCGCCCCAUCUGCUGCCUAA